GAACAAACGACUGGUGGUCGGUAGCCAACACCCCCGACACGCCGCUCCGUCGCCUCUUGCCAAACUCAUCACUCUUUUUCUCAGUGUCUUGUAUCUGUGGCUGCUCUCUUACGGCACACGUCAACCUCCUUUGGACCAUCGUCACUCCUUCGUCCGUCUUCCUCACGUUUCAUUUUCCCUCGGCGACUAUUCAGCUGCUUACAGGUGGCUCUCAUCCUAAUUCUGUUGCUUUUGAAUACUCGUCACGAAAGGACCUAUGAGAUCCCAACUUCGUCGUGUCCCGUUCCGCGCUCUCACCUCACGCGCUACUAGGGCCAGUGCACUGCAUCGGCGUUUCACAACGUCAGAUCAGUCGUCGCAGGUGUGUACAGCACAAUUAUACAGGCGAAUACCAGGACGCGAGAGAACAGGGCUCAUCGAAACCAGGCGGAGUUUGUCGGAGACUCUCAACGGAAGCUUCGUCGACAUUCAGCAUCAUCAGCGGGCAAGCCCCCGCUUGUAUUCAUCCUCAUCCUCCCCUCAGUCCGAUCCCGGUCCUAGUUCCGCCUCUCUUGAUAGUGCUCCUCCUCCGCCUCCUCUUGCUAGCGAGUUUGAAGACUUCCUACCUCCGCCAGAGCCAGACGAGAUCGUCGUUCUAGGCGACGUCGAGACAAUCUUCGACCCAAGCAUGUUAGCGCUCAAGCCGGACUUAGACGCGACUGGUGGGCUCCCGCCUCUGCCAACAAUUCGAGACGAGGCACUUCGUCGACAAGCCUUCACCCAUCGUUCCGUCUACGCACGCUCCCGUCAUGACUUUGAGGACUCACACAGUGACCCGGCACCGGACAACGAACUAUUGGAAUAUCAAGGAGACGCUGUCCUCGGACUUGUGAUCACUGACCUUGUCCGCGAUUGCUACCGAUAUCUGCGAGUCGGACCUGCGACUAAAGUGAGGUCUCUAGUCGUCGGAAACGCAACCCUUGCAGACAUUUCCGUCAAAUACGCGCUCCCACAAAAGCUUCGAUUCCAUCGAGCGAACGCGAGCACUAAUAAAAUUUCGAUCAACAUCCAAGGCAAGUUCCCGGAUGUAUUUGAGGCGUACGUCGGCGGUCUAUACAAAGAUCAAGGAUUGGAAGUUGUCAGGAGGUGGCUUAACCCUCUUUUCCUACCAUACGUGAAAGAAGCCUAUCGUGUCUGUCGGGACCAGCAUGGUCUUCCCUCUCCGCCUCCGUCUCCAACUCUACCGGAUGCACAAAACGAUGGUUCUACAACUUCCACACCCGAUACACUUGAUUCAAGUGCAAGUGCAAGCCAAGAAUCCGUUUCGGACCAGCUUGCCUCACUUCAAAUCUCUAACGGCAAUAAUACAAUCGGUCACCUAGCCCUAUUCAACCAAUACCUCCAACAAAAGCGAAUGACGGUUGAGUGGGUGUUUCAUGCCGUGCAAGAUGAAGGGACGAAGGUUACGCCGAUUUGGGAGGUGAGAGCGAUGGUUGAAGGAGAACAAGUUUCUGUUGGACGGGCGAGUACGAAGAAAGGUGCGCAGAGUGAGGCUGCGAGGGAGGGGCUUGUUCAAUUGGGUAUUUCGAACCCUUUGGAAUGAGCCUGUUGUAUGUCUCUAACAUGGUACAAGUGCUUGGUGGUCUCGACCAUCAAGCGCCUGUAGGCAGGAUACUCUUUGCAGUCUUCCUUUGCCUUUCGAGUGUCGUUGCCUUCUAGAUUUUGGUCUUCUCAUAUAAAAGUGAUCUAUCUACCUUGUGGUCUGUUUUACCUGCUGUGUUGCUCAUUUCCUUCCACAUUUGCUUGAUUGGUCGUGAUGAAAUCCGACUUGGAAACGUUGUAUAUAGCAUGUAUUAUAGAAAGCGGGGAUGCUAUUCUGUACGCAUUCGUUUAGCGUCUGUCUUGCUUAGAAUAAGUGAGGAAAAAUACGUACUUUAUCUCGUGAAAUAUAAU